AAAGUGUGUUCCUCCAUGUUUCUGUGAGCAGCACUGACAUUGUGCAAUCACCUCGGUUACUGAGAGCAUGCUUGAACCUCCAGCAACUCCAGCAACUGAGGAUAGAAAAGCCAGGACCUAUGUCCUGGAGCACAAUGAGCUGGAGCAGUUGCGCCUCCCGGAGAGAAGCCAGCAUUGGUGCAAACCAUGAGUACUCACUGACGGGGUGGGACACGCUCUAAGGAAAUACUGGAGCACUGGGUAAACAUUGCAAGCUGGAGUUGAGAGAGAAGAAGCAGCAUGGCAGAGCUCUGUGUCCGCUCCGUUCUGGUGACUGGGGCCAACCGGGGCAUCGGCCUGGGGCUCGUUCAGCAUUUCCUGAGGAUGCCAAAACCACCACAGUGGAUCUUUGCAACCUGCCGGGACCCCAAGGGACAGCGAGCACAGGAGCUACAGAAUUUGGCCUCCAAGCAUCCCAACCUGGUCAUCAUUGCUCUGGAAGUUGCCAACCCUGCCAGCAUCAAGGCAGCUGCAGCCAAGGUUGGGGAGCACCUGGGAGGUUCUGGGCUGAACCUCCUCAUCAACAAUGCUGGAGUAGUCAAGCCUAAGAUGCUUGAUGCUGAAACAUUGGAGGACAUGACUGAGAUUUACACCACCAACACAGCUGGGCCCCUGCUGAUGGGCCAGGCAUUCCUGCCCUUGCUGAAGAAAGCUGCCCAGGGGAGCCCAGGCUCAGGGCUGAGUUGCAGCAAGGCUGCCAUCGUCAACAUGUCCAGCAUUGGCGGCUCCAUCGCUUCUUUCUUUGGCUGGGACAUAAUGCAAGUCACCUCGUACCGCUGCAGCAAGGCUGCUCUGAACAUGCUGAGCAAGUGCCAGUCCCUGGCGUACAAGGAGCACGGCAUCCUCUGUGUCGCUCUCCACCCCGGCUGGGUGCAAACAGACAUGGGCAGUGCUGCUGGACACACGCCCCCUGUGACAGUGGAUGACAGCGUGCAAGGGAUGCUGAAGGUCCUCUCCUCCCUCUCUGAGAAGGAGACCGGCGCCUUCCUGGACUGGGAAGGGAAGGUCAUACCCUGGUGAGACACCACUUCAGGAUCCUGGCAGCCAGGAGAGACCCUGUGCCACUGCUUCUGUGUUUCCCAGAUCCUCAAUAAACUUGUGCCAAUAGCCUCCA